GAUUCGACUCGUGCGUCUUUCGGAAAACGAACAGGUUUUGUUUAUCUACUCUAAAAAGAAUAAAGUCACCAAAUCGAUCACAAGGAACAGGAAUCUUACACUAGUAGCUCGAACAUUCUCCCUGUCGGCGCAUAGUCUUUCACCGCAUCAUGUCCAACAACGGGGCGUCGUACCAAAAGACCGAGGGCUCGUCCGGGAGUUACCAAGAAAUAGGUGGUAACGGCGAUGGUUCCUCGGCUGCGGGUGGUUCCGGCACUAUCAAGAAAGGUUUGAUCGCAAUUGGUCUCGUGGCCAUCCUGGGCAUUGUUUACACCGUCACCAGUACGCGGGGCGAUCCGCAAGCCAGCGUGCAGAAAAGCAUCGAGUCUUCCAGCACUGGAUUACAGGUCAAGGCGAACGGCAAGCUCAAGCUUUUCGACGACAACAACCGUUACGUGAUGGAAGAUUACGAUGCCAAAUCAACCUUUUCCAGUUUCUUACCCGGCGUCGCUGGAUACUUUGGCAAGCCCGUUUGGGCAUUUUACGUCAACCGCGGUCAAGCCAUGGCCACUUUCGGUACUGAAUCGAAGGAUUAUCCCAUGCUCGAAUUCAAUCCCGCUAACAAGGCGUACCAAUUGACUCCCUUUGUGGGCUUUCGUACCUUUGUCCGCGGCGUGCGCGGCACGACAUCCUUCCAAACGGAACCCUUUGCUCCCGCCAAAACACGUAAUCUCGAAGAUGGGGAUGAUCAAGCUGACAAGACCAAACCCAAGCGUAUCUUGUACGUUGGUGCCAACGAGCUUGAGAUUCAAGAAAUUGACGGGGUCCUCGGUUUGACGACCAACGUUCAAUAUUUCAUCCUUCCCGAAGAAGAUUUUGGCAGUUUGAUUCGUCGCACAACGUUAUCCAACUCGGGAGACACAGACUUGACGAUUGAUGUCCUGGAUGGACUUGCCAAAAUGGAGCCCUUCGGUGGACCGCUGGAUGGUAUGCUCAAGGCCAUGGGACGUACUUUAGAAGGUUGGAUGGGCGUCUACCAUGCGGAUGAUACCUUGACUAUGCCCUUUUACAAGCUUUCCACGGAGCCUUCCGACUCGGCAUCGGUCAAGAUUGAGGAGUCCGGCCACUACUGCUUGUCCUUUUACGAAGAUGAUGAAAUGCAGGCGACUCUACUGCCCAUUGUCUUUGAUACGUCCAAGGUCUUUGGGGCCGACACAUCCCUCGAAAUGCCACGCGGUUUGUCCUCGUCCUCCGUGGACGACAUUUUGGAUACGCCCCAGUACGGGUUCGCCAAAACUUCGUCCGCAUUUUCGGCCGCGAGUGACAUUACUCUCAAACCUGGUGAGAACAUUACUAUUGCUACGGUCUACGGUCGGGCUUUCCAUGUGGACGACGUCCCCAAGAUUGCCGGGGUCGUUACCGCGCCCGGUUUUGUCAAAAGCAAAUUCGAACGCGCCCGUUCUAUGAUCAACGAACUUACGGCGGGUGUCGAAACCAAAACCGUAAAACCGCUGUUUGAUGGUACCGUCAAACAAAUGUUCCUCGACAACAGCCUCCGUGGUGGUAUCCCGACCAUCAUGGGCUUGGUCGAUUCCGACGCGACCUACGACGAAGAUUCUCGCGUCAAAGUUUUCCAUUCCUUUUCUCGUAUUCACGGUGACAUGGAGCGUGACUACAACGCCUUCAAGAUUGACGCCACAUACUUUUCGCAAGGUCCCGGUAACUACCGUGAUGUCGCACAAAAUCGACGCAAUGAUGUGACGUUCUUCCCGCGCAUGGGUUCGUUUGAUAUUCAAAUGUUUUUGUCUUACAUUCAAGCCGACGGGUACGAGCCGCUGACGGUGGAAGCUGUAGUGUACCGCUUUGCGGAUUCUGACAAGGCCGUUGAAAUUGCCAAGAACGUGACGAACGAUGCCAAAUCGGCCAAAAUGUUGGGCGACGUUUUGAACGGCGGCCCAUUUCGACCCGGACAGCUGUUUGCCUUGUGCGAAAAUUUGGGCAUCAACUUAGCUGUCACCAAUGAAGUAUUCAUCAAUAGAGUUUUAGAGUACGCUGAGGACCGUGCGAUGGCUGUUUUUGGACAAGGAUACUGGGCCGACCACUGGGACUACUACAUGGAUAUGAUCGAUGCGUAUCUCGAAAUCUUUCCGGAUGUCGAGGAAGAGGUCAUGUACGAUAAGCCUUUGCGGUACUUUUUCUCGACUGCAACAGUAAAGCCUCGUUCCGAAAAGUAUGUGUUAACGCUUACGUACGAUGCCAAAAGCAAGCAUGUCCUUCAAUUGGAUUCGACGUAUUACGAUUCGGAAAAGGCUGAGGAACAGCAGGCCUUCUUAGACCAGAACACUGGCCUUUUAGGUAUCGAAGCAAACUGGCAGCGUACACGCGAAGGAGAGCCUUUCAUGAGUUCCGCCAUUGCCAAGCUAUUUCUGUUGGGUUCCAUCAAGUUUGCCAUGCGCGAUGCCUGGGGCAUGGGCGUUGAAUACGAAGGUGGCCGUCCUGGAUGGUUGGACAGUAUGAACGGCCUCCCUGGUAUGGUCGGUAGCGGCAUGCCGGAAACAUACGAACUUUACUUGCUCCUGCAAUAUGUCAAGAAGGUUGUGGACACUUACGACCGUCCUGUGCACAUUCCGGUGGAACUACACACAAUGCUGAGUACCAUGAACGACGCAUUAGAUACUUUGGAAAAAGCUGGCUACGUGGACACGGAAGAUAUGCCUGCGGCCGUGCCCAAGGCGUUGUUUGAAUAUUGGGACAUUGUUGCUGCCGCUCGUGAAAGCUACCGCAAUGAUGUCCAGUACUAUUUCUCUGGCAACACGACGGCGUACCGCGCUACGACUGUGUCGAGGAUGUGCGACCGAUGGCUCGGAGAGAUCCAGAAAGGCAUUGACCGCUCGUUCAAAGUUGCUACGGAAGGAUAUGGAGAUGACGGUACCUCAGGAAUUCCGGCUACCUUCUUUGCCUACGACAUAACCAAGUGGGAGCUUAACAGUAACCGUAACGCCGAAGGUCUUCCUCUCGUCAACGCUCUCGCAAUGAAGGUUCGCAAAUUCCCUUUGUUUUUGGAGGGGCCAGUCCGCUACAUGAAGAUCAUUCAGGAUAAUAAGGAACGAAUGAAGGACAUCUACGAGCGUGUUCUCGACUCUGGCCUCCGCGACAAGCAACUCAAUAUGUACUUUUUGUCCGCCAGUUUGGAGGGCCAAACUUUUGAUAUGGGUCGCCAGAUUGCCUUUGCGCCUGGUUGGCUUGAGAAUCAGUCCAUCUGGCUUCACAUGAGCUACAAAUAUUAUUUGCAGCUCUUGCGAGGAAAGCUCUACGAAGAGUUUUUUAGUGAGAUGAAGGGAGGCGGUAUCCUACCAUUUAUGGACCCUGAUGUGUAUGGUCGGUCACUUAUGGAGUGCUCGUCCUUCAUCGCCUCGUCCGCCUUCCCGGACCCGUCGAUUGUUGGCGAAGGUUUCCUUGCUCGUCUCAGUGGUUCCACGGCCGAGUUCAUGGAUAUUUGGAAACUUAUGUUCAUUGGACCCGAUCUUUUCUCUUACAACGAUAAGGGUAAAGUCGAAAUGAAGCUGAUUCCUGCCUUACCUUCGUGGUUGUUCGACGAUCCCGAUGGUGAUAGCGAGCCUACUCUGGAUGAUGAUGGCAACUACGUUGUCUCGUUUAAGCUUUUUGCAUCCAUUCCAGUGACUUAUCAUAAUGCUGGUGGAAAAGACUUGUUCGGGAUUGGCCCAAAGAGCUAUAAGGUCAGCAUGUUUGAUUCCAAACCAUUGGAGAUUGAUGGCCCAGCUAUUCCAGAAAAAAUAGCGUUCAAAAUUCGUCGUAUGUCCGGUGUCAAGUCGAUUGACGCUUACUUCUAAUGUAUGCCUUUUUUGGUGAUUGUCUCUAAAUUGAUCAAUUUACAGUAACUUGAUGCUCAACGAUAGGGUGAGGAUUUAUUUGUAUCGCAAGUCGAAAAUUACGAGUAUAAACUGAGAUUUACGUUUCCAU